CCGGAAGCACAUGUCGGCGCUUCCGUUGGUCGGUAACCCGUGGUUGCCUCGGGGAUGUCGUGGGUUCAAGCGGCUGCUGUGACCCCGAGCCCUGGUGGCCACGAUGUGUUUGACGAAGAGGCAGACGAGUCGCUGCUGGCGCAGCGGGAAUGGCGGGGUCACAUGCGGAGACGGGUGCAGGAAGGUUACAGAGAUGGAGUAGAUGCUGGCAAAGCAGUUGCUCUUCAACAGGGCUUCAAUCAAGGUUAUAAGGAAGGUGCAGAAGUCAUUAUAAACUAUGGACUACUCAGGGGAACAUUGAGUGCUUUGCUUUCCUGGUGUCACCUUCAUGAUAAUAGUUCGACUUUGAUCAGUAAAAUAAAUAAUCUUCUGGAUGCAGUUGGCCAGUGUGAAGAGCGUGUGCUCAGACAUCUGAAAUCAAUCACUCCACAGCCCCAUGUUACAGAUUUAUUGGACUCCAUUGAGGAUAUGGACUUAUGUCAUGUAGUUCCAGCUGAGAAAAAGAUUGAUGAAGCUAAAGAUGAAAGACUCUGUGGAAAUAAUGCUGAGUUUAACAAAAACUGUGACAGGAGCCCUAGUGGGAUAGAUGGUUCACAUUUAGAAUGUUGUAGAACACAAGAGCAUGCACAUUUGGAAAAGCCAAGCCUCAUUUGGAUUUUAGAACAGACAGCCAAUUUAGUUAAACAGCUAGGAGUCUCAGCAGAUAUUUUACAGCACCUCCAACAACUAUAAACAUUAUCUCUCUUUGUGUACAGCACCUCCAACAACUAUAAACAUUAUCUCUCUUUGAAGCAGUGUUCAAAAUAUCGCUUAGAGCAUUUUGUUUCUUGAUGAGGUAACUGUUACAUUGAGCACUUUACCUGUAGUUACCCUUCAUGAAACUAUGAAGUGUCUUCAACAUUAACGCUAUUAAAUGUAAUAUAAGCCUU